AUGAAGUUUUCCAACUUACUACAGUUAUGGAUUGUUUCAUCCAGAUAUGUAAUGGGAUAUGAUAGCUUCGAUCAAUCACAUUUAUCAGAAAUAAGUCAGUUAUUAAAUAUAUCACAGAUACCGUCAUAUUCUAUUUCCUUAGGAUCUCAGGAUGAUAAUUUUGAAAUAUUGAAUCAAAUACAGGACCUUACAUUUAUACAAUAUAAUGGACAGCAAAAUUUUACUAAAGUAGAUAUAAAUAAUAAUAAUAAUAGUAUGUCUCAUUCUGGUAAUCAUUUGAUAUAUGCUUCAAAUAAUACUUUUAUUCAAUUACCAGAUAAUACCAAUAAUAAUAAGCAAAAUUCAUCUUUUACUAAUAUUAUUCCCUUUCAAGAUGACAGUUUCAUAUUCAAUGGGUAUGGGACAUUUGUUAAUAAUAAUAAUUUAGCUAACCAACUCCUCUAUAAUCUGUCUGAUUUGUCAAUCACACAAUUAUUUGAUCAACCAUUAAAUUCAGUAACUACCAUUGUAUGUGAUGAUUACAAUAAAAUGAUAUAUUUUGGUGGGAAUUUUAGUUUCUCUAACAACAACAACAACGAUAAUAAUGAUAAGGCCAAUAGUGUUAUUCAAUGGAAUUUUACUUCCCAAAGUAAUGCAACCUUACCGUUUCUUGGAUUCGGUUCUAAUUCACAUAUAAAUUCUAUAAUUAUGUUAAAUAAUGAUAACAUUCUAUUCACAGGGAAAUUUACUACUUUAGAUAAUAGUACCUAUUUAUCCAACUCCAAUACAACAAAUCAAUCCUACCCAUUUAAUCCAAAGAUAAGUUUAGCAUAUUCAACCUGGAACACAACAUCUGGUAACAUUUCCACAAGUACCCUUAUAUGUCCCAAGGAUUCUUCAUCCACAUCUAAUGGCUGGUUUGCAGAUGGUGUCUCGAAUCUAUUGACUGGCCAACUCCGAUUUUCUGCGAUUCCAACAAAGAUAAGAAUAUAUAAUAGCGAUAACGAUAAUACCGCCGUAUCAUUAUUUAGAAUAUUGACUUAUCCAGCAUCCAGUAUUAUGAAUAUGACAUAUCUUGACCCUAUAUCUGGAGAAUUAUCUACAUGUACUGCAUUUUGCCCCCUCUAUUCAAUUUCAACGUUACAGGGUCAAGCAAAAAAUCAAACUAUCAAAUCUAAACUAAUUAAUAAUAAUACAACUAGCAUACAAUGGUCAUUAACAUUUCAAGAAUUCGCAUUCGUUAAUCCUGUAUCUGUGUCAACUCUUGAAAUAUUGACUUUGGCAUCAUUUGGAAAUGAAUAUGUUAGCCUUAAAGGAAUUGAGUUAUUUCAAAACACAUAUACGGUGUUUGCUAAUGAUACAUGGAAUAAACAAAGCUGUGAUUCUGAUACAAGCUAUCAAGUUGUCUCUUCAUCAUUAUCACCAAAUGAUUGGAUAACCAAUAAAACAAAUACAGAUACCUAUCUAGUUACCAGAUAUAUUCCAAAUUCAGAUUCUGCUAUACCUGAAGUUCAAUUUAAUGUCAAUAUUCAAAAUGAAGGUAUAUAUGAUAUAAAUAUCAUUACACCAGGCUGUUCAGCAGAUGGUACAUGUUUUGCAAGAGGGAUUGUCAAUGUAACUGUAAUUGAUAAGACUACCGAUGAAAUUUUGUCGACAAAUUUAAUUUACCAAAAUAAUGAACAAUACAAAUAUGAUACUAUUUAUCAUGGACAAUUGAAUAAUCCAUGUCAAGUUACAUUAAAAUAUGUUUCCGGGUUAUAUUCCUCAAAUACAAUGACUGUAGUGGUUGCAGAUAGGGUAGAUGUUAACAUAGUAUCUUUAAACGAUACUUUUUCUAAUAAUGAAACAGUAGAAUUGAAUGGUGUUUUCCAAUAUCAGCCUUCAAAUUUUACGAAUAAUAAUAUAGUAAAUCCUAUAGGUUUAACAGAUUUAAAUAAAUUUGGUUCCAAAAUCUCCAAUGGAAAAGAAAAUGACAUUACUGCUACUUUAUAUGGUAAUUCUACUCUAAUUAUCAGCAACUUAGAGAAUCAAAUUUAUGUAUUGGAACUUAACGAGAAUUAUAAUAUUAAUCAAGUAUCACAACUAAAUGUUUCUCAAAAAAUUACAACUCAUCAUCCAUUUAAUCAAGGUAUUGUUUUACUUACAGAAAAUUCAAAUGAAAUAUUUAUUUAUAAUGGGACGUUGAAAAGUUUAUCAGUUUUAAAUGAAACUAAUAUUAACUCUGUCUCUAAUGUAACCUUAUUUGAUACCGAAUUAUUAAUCUUCAAUGAUAAUAUUAUUUAUAAUAUGACAUCUUCUCAAAUAUUAGAUUCUUCUCAGCAAAAUUUCAAUAUUACUUUACAAAGUAGUGGUCAAAAUGAUGUGAACGAUACCUUGUUUUUUGGUCAAAUUUCAGUAGUCGAUUAUUCUUCCAUUGAUAGUCCUAUAGAAAUUAACGGAUUAAAUAGACAGGUUGUGCCACUUAAUCUACCUGAUAAUAUUGUACCUUACAAAGCAAUCUAUUUCAAUGAAUCAUUGACAGGAUAUUUUUACAACAAUGAUGAUACAUCAUACAUUUACUUGAAUAAUGGAAUGAACAACUCUUUAAAAUGGCCAAAUUUAGUCUCAGCUACAUUAUACGAAAAUAAUAAUACUUUAUUUGUCAUUGCAACACAAUCAGAUUCACCUAACAAAAAUACAACUUUCUCUAUAAUUGAUUUAACUAAUCUCACUACUAUUCAAAAUUUGGAUUUGGGUCAAUAUACCGAGAUUAAUUCAAUUUUAGGAUUCCCACAAAAUAAUACUUUGCUAAUUGGAGGUGCUUUUCAAUUGAAUAACAAUAAUUGUUCGAAUUUGUGUUUUUAUAAUUACAAAAAUGAAAAAUGGUCACCUUUUCUAUCAAAUUCAUUAAAGAGUAUGCAAAUCAAAAAACUAAGUUUUUUCAAUCAAGAUACUAUUAUAUUAUUAGGCGCCAAUUCAUCUGAUAUCAAUCAAUUAUUAACCAUUAAUAUAACCAGCAAUAAUUUAAAUUAUCUUAUCACUGAAAAGAACACAAUUAACGAUUUUAUUAUAAACUCUAAUGCUAGUAAUUCCGUAAUAGCGUGGAAUGAUACCCAUAUACACACAAUAGCGAAUGAAACAUUAUCAUCUAUAUCUAUUCCAAAUAUAGGUCAAGGCAAUAUUAUAUAUUCAAUUGAACCAAUAAGUGUUGGAAACGAACAAAAAAAGGACGGUUUAUUAAUACUAGGACAGUUUUAUGAUCCCAAUUAUGGGUCAUUUCAAAGUAUGAUUUAUUGGAACAAUCGAUGGGUUCCAUAUCUGUAUUUAUCGACAAUCAAUAAUAGUAAAACAGAUAUUCUUAAUAAACUUGAAUUAUUUGUUAACAAGGACACUUCAUCAUUUUCAAUAUUACAAACCCAAUUACCCGAUUCCAUUGUGAAUCAAAGUAGUCAAUCCACCAGUACCAUUGGAACCAAACCUACAACAUCGGCCAGUACUCCUACUAGAAAAUUAGCUAAAGGUAAACAAAAAAAGAUACAUAGUGGGCUUAUUGUGUUGAUUGGAUUGGCAUUAUCUUUGGCGACUGUAUCUAUAGUUGGACUUGUUGGCAUAUUGCUUGCAUAUGUUUUUAAAGAUAGCACAAGCGGUAAUUCUCAAGUGUUUAAUCCUGUUAUUGAUGAAAAUGAAAUGGUCAAUACAUUGCCUCCAGAAAAGAUUUUGAAUUUGAUGUAA